AUGAUCGAUAAAGCUCUCUUUAUCAUGCAAAAUUGGGAACUUAUCGGUAACUAUUUGCUUUCAAAAUAUCGUCAUCAUCAUUGGUUGUUGGCUGCAUUGAAAGGACUUCGAAAUGGGAUUGUUUAUGGAUGUAAAGUUCGUUUUCCUCAUGCACUCGUCAUGGUUUUUCUUUUUCAAGAAGGAACAAUCCUUCAAAAGUUCCAAACAAUUCUUCGGCUAACAAAAACCCACGCAACAAAUUUGGCAAAAUUUGUUUUCAGCUACAAACUCAUUAAAGGAGGUCUUGAGAAAUUUACAGGAAAAGUGGAAGAAUGGCAUUCAUUUGUUGCUGCUUUUUUAAUGGGAUAUUAUGUUUUUGGCGAGAAUAAUGCUGUCAAUAUGCAGAUCAAUCUCUAUUUGCUCUCGAGAAUUGCGAUCGGUCUCGCGAAAUUGGCCGCACAAAAAGAAGUGAUCACACAACCCGAACGCCCCAUCUUCCCGUGGUUUGCCGCAUUAGUUUGGGGAAUUGUCUUGUGGCUUUUCGAGCAUCACAAGGAUGUUCUUCAACUUUCUCUCCAAAAAUCAAUGACUUAUCUCUAUCACGAAAGUGAGAUCUGGACGGGAAUUCGCAAUUUUCUUCUUCGAAAUUCUGACAAAAAUAUC